AUGAUGAAAAAACCAACAGUCAUGAGAAAGGUUCAAGCAGAAAUUAGAGGAAUCAUUGGAAAGAAGCAAAUGUUAGAUGAAGAUGAUGUUCAGAACCUUCCCUAUCUCAAGGCAGUUGUUAAGGAGACAUUCAGGUUGUACCCAGCCUUACCACUUCUAGUGCCUAGAGAAACAAUUGCAAAAUGCACUAUUGAUGGUUAUGAAAUUCAACCCGAGACCUUAGUUUAUGUAAAUGCUUGGGGAAUUGCAAGAGAUCCUGAGUAUUGGGAAAAUCCAGAUGAAUUUUUGCCUGAGAGAUUCUUGAAUAGUACUCUUGAUGUGAAUGGGCAAGAUUUUCAUUUGAUCCCAUUUGGGGCCGGCAGAUGA